GCACCCGGAGCGCAGUGCUAAACACGGAAGCCCGCACUGUAGAAGCAGAUGUUCUGAGCCGACGCUGCGUCAUGAUGCGGCUGGUGGAUUUCUCCUAUGAGCAGUACCAAAAGGCUCUCCGUCAGUCAGCUGGUGCCGUGGUGAUCAUCUUGCCCAAGUCCAUUUCUUCUGUCCCACAGGAUGUUGUACGGCAAUUCAUGGAGAUAGAGCCAGAAAUGCUUGCUAUGGAAACUGUUGUGCCAGUCUACUUUGCAGUGGAAGAUGAAGAGCUGCUGUCUAUCUAUGAGCAAACGCGGGCUGCUUCUGCAUCCCAGGGUUCUGCAUCAGCCGCAGAAGUUUUGUUGCACACAGCGACUGCCAAUGGCUUCCAGAUGGUCACCAGCGGGGCUCAGAGCAAAGCUAUCAAUGACUGGCUCAUACCCAGCGUGGAGGGAAGGCUAACAGGGCUGGGCGGAGAAGAUCUGCCCACUGUUGUGAUAGUUGCCCAUUAUGAUUCAUUUGGAGUCGCCCCUUGGCUGUCGCAUGGUGCUGACUCCAAUGGCAGCGGUAUCUCCGUGCUGCUGGAACUAGCCAGGCUGUUUUCUCGGCUCUACACCUACAGACGGACUCAUGCUGGGUAUAAUUUACUGUUUUUUGCAUCUGGAGGUGGCAAAUUUAAUUAUCAAGGAACCAAGCGAUGGCUGGAAGACAACUUGGACCACACUGAUUCCAGCUUGCUGCAGGACAACGUAGCAUUUGUUCUCUGCCUAGACACUCUGGGCCGAGGGAACAGCCUUCAUCUCCAUGUCUCAAAGCCUCCCAAAGAUGGAACCUUGCAGCAUGCAUUUCUAAGAGAAUUAGAGAUGGUGGUUUCUAGCCAGUUCCCAGAAGUGAAGUUUUCCAUGGUGCACAAGAAGAUAAACUUGGCUGAGGACAUGCUGGCAUGGGAACAUGAGCGUUUUGCCAUCCGACGCUUGCCAGCAUUCACCAUCUCCCAUCUGGAGAGCCACCGGGACAGCCUGCGCAACAGCAUCAUGGAUGGGAGGGCCCAUGUAGACACUAAGGCACUAACCAGGAAUACUAGGAUCAUUGCCGAGGCUUUGACAAGAGUCAUCUACAACCUAACAGAGAAGGGAGCACCUGCAGACCUACAGAUCUUCACGGAACAGAUGCAGAUCCAGGAGGAGCAACUAGAGUCAGUGAUGGACUGGCUGAGCAGUCAGCCAAGGGCUGCCCAGCUGAUUGAUAAAGACAGCACCUUCCUCAACACCUUAGAAUAUUAUAUGGGCCGCUACCUGAAGGAUGUUAAACAACAUCAUGUAAAGGCAGACAAAAGGGACCCGGAGUUUGUGUUCUAUGACCAGCUGAAGCAAGUGAUGAAUGCAUACAGGGUCAAGCCAGCAAUAUUUGAUCUGCUUCUGGCUGUCUGCAUUGCAGCCUACCUAGGAAUUGCCUAUGUUGCAGUCCAGCACUUUGGCCUCCUUUACAAGACUGUACAGCGAUUAUCCCUUAAAACCAAGCAGCAGUGAAGUAACAAGUCCAUCACCUGUUCAGCAGCACUGAGCCACCGGAGAGCAUGCGGAUGUUUGUGGCUCCCUGUACAAUCAGCAGGUACCAAGCACUCCUGAAAUACCAGCCCUACAGGGAAACUUACCUUUUGCUGGUCUUUGAGUGCUUACUUGAAAAGUCUCUCUGCAUGUAUGAACUGUUUAUGACGCACUUCUGACAAAUGAAUUUAUAAUGACUUCA